CCGGCGCGCGGCGGCGGGUGGCAGCGGGUGGCGGCCUGCGAUCGCCCACCGGGAGCCGAGGACCCGCCGGGGCCAGCCCUGCGGUGCGGACCCAGCAUGAGUGAAGUUCCCUGCAAAAAACGUGAUGACUAUUUGGAAUGGCCUGAGUACUUCAUGGCAGUGGCCUUCUUAUCGGCACAGAGAAGCAAAGAUCCAAAUUCACAGGUUGGAGCCUGCAUCGUGAAUGCGGAAAACAAGAUCGUGGGCAUCGGGUAUAACGGAAUGCCGAACGGGUGCAGCGAUGACCUGCUGCCUUGGAGGAGGACGGCGGAGAGCAGGCUGGACACCAAGUACCCUUAUGUGUGCCAUGCUGAGCUGAACGCCAUCAUGAACAAGAACUCAGCCGACGUGAAGGGCUGCACGAUGUAUGUCGCCUUGUUCCCGUGUAAUGAGUGUGCCAAGCUCAUCAUCCAGGCAGGUAUAAAAGAAGUUAUUUUCAUAUCUGACAAAUACCAUGACAGCGAUGAGAUGACGGCCGCGAGGCGCCUGUUUGAUAUGGCUGGGGUGGCCUUCAGGAAAUUCACACCAAAGUGCAGCAAGAUUGUCAUCGACUUUGAUUCAAUUAACAGCAAACCGAGCCAGAAGCUUCAGUGAGUUACAUCUCACUAAAUCUCCAAAAGAUUGGGAUUAUCCUCUUCUAAGAAGCUGCUCAUACCUUUCAUCUUGAAGUUACACAUAACUUUUUAAUAGCCAGUACAGCAAAAGUAGAUAUCCAAAGGAUGUAAAGCCUCGAAUCUUCCCGACUGCCUCUCUGGUCACAUGGAAUCUGCAUCUGUUUAGACUGUUGAUUGAGGGCUUAAAACCAAGGAGCGUGUAGAUGACCUUUCGUGUGUAGGGCUGGCCUGGGGUACCUCCUGCUUUGUCUCCUGGUUUGCUGGGAUGCUGGUGGCUUUGGACAGCCGCUCCUCGCUGCUAUAGGUGCUGGGACGACAAAUCAGUAAUUGUUGUGUUCCUGGUAGGAUGAAUGGAUGCACUGAUUUAAAUGUCUGACCCAAAUGAAGCAUGACUAACAUGUAGUGCCCUUGAGUGGGGCGGGGGGUGGGGGAGUAGGACCCCCUCCACCAUGCCAGGAGGUAAUGGGGACGUAUUGGCUUCAGGGCAUUGAGAGAAACCGCCAGCCACCCACCCAAGCUCUCCUGAGAAGCCAUGAGCACAGCUGAGCCCGGGCCACCUUCUCUGCCUCUGCAGUCCUGCUGCCCCCGGCGGGAGGGUGGAGGGGGGUGGCAUGUUCUUCUUCCGGAAGUGGGGACCCGUGUUGGUUUACACCGCACAUGGAGCUCUUAUGUCACUUCAGCUGAAUAAUGAGUUGUUCCUGGAGCAACAGAGACAGCCUGUCUCCCCUUGUUGACCCCCAAGACCAUGGCUGCGGCAUCAGGGUCAUGUGGCUGGAAGUGGCACGUGCACCUGCUUCUUUUACCCUGAGGAAGCAUCGCUGCUCCUCCACAUGCCAACCUGGUUCACAUCCAAGGCUGCUCGGCAGCCAGGGGGUCAAGGAGCUCCUGCCCUGUGCGUGAGACUUGAGGGAAUUCAGACUCGAAGUUGAGUCCAGAUCUGUGGGUAACGGGAGCCCACGAUGCUGCUGGCACAGUGUCUUCACCUUCCCAGUCCUGGCGGCUCGGGGCUGUGACUGUGUGAGCCUUGUCUCUAAUCUCCUUUCAUUUUUAUGAAACGUGCUCAGUAGCUUUGUUGAGAAAAUGGGUUCUUUAUCCUAAAGAUGAUUACCGUUCUAAAGUGCUCUUCUGAUUUCAUGAAUUUUUAUUUUGUCUCUGAGGUCUUGUGCUCUGUAUUCUAGGGCGAUCUGCAAUUUGGCUCCUCACUGAUAAUAUUAAAAUCUUAUUAAAAUCUA